GAGGCGCGCGCGAGGCGGAGAGGCCGCGUCGACUCGGGGUCGGAAUUAAAUGUCAGACGCGGUCGUUCAACCCCGACUUCGCGGAGCACUUGGAAACCCUCGUCGGCGGACCGUGUUGCGCGUGCGGCAUUACGCACACCCACGCGCACGUACUCGAGCAGUGUCGCUCUUAAGCGAGGAGCACCUGCGGCUAUUUUUUGCGAGGCUCCGCGCGCUUCUUCGCCUCCGCAAUGAAGCUCCUCGUGUUGUUGCUGUCGCUGCGGUAGAGAGGGACAGGGGAGUCAGCCCGCGACAAAGAGACAAGGCUACGCACUUUCGGAUAAAGAAGGAAAAGCCUUGUUAUGCUGCCAGAGGAUAUUUAGUAUCUGGAUAUACGAGUAAGCGGUAGUUCAAAUUUGAACUAAUAUAAUUGUGGAAGCCUACAUGGAUACAGUUCAACAGGCUGAGAUUUCGAUAGUGCAUUGUAGGGCUUUGGUUACUCUAUUUUCUUAUGUUAGAUUUAAUGGAGCAUUGUCGUUAGAAACGUGAUAAGUCAGGCAAGGAUCAAAGGACGUACAAGAAUAUUCAACCAUAUUGUAUGCUAUACAACAAAAAAAGAUGUUAAGAGCAUUUGAUCUAGGUUGUUCCAUCUUUAUUGGAUGUGUAUAUUGUAAAAUAGAAAUUAAUUAAUAUUACAUAUAAAACCACGAUGAAAAAAGCUGCAAAUGCAGCUAUUAGGAUCAAUUCCUUACAUAUGAAUAAAGGAAAAGUAAAAGCUAUGGAUGGUAUAAAUAAGCUUAUGCCAUCAUCUAAUGGUGGAUACAAAAACACCGAAAUGUAUACAACGGAAUUUGAAAUCAAUGAAACUCCACCUAGCGCCCGUACUUUAUUAACGAAAGGUUAUAUACAAGAUGAAAUUAACUCGUUCUCAGGUGCAACGGUAUCGACACGUGGGCGUUUUAUGACAGAACAAGAAAAAGUACGUUGUCCGCACGAGCGUCCUCUUUAUUUAUACAUACAUGGGCAUUCGAAACAUAAUAUUGAUUUGGCUGUUAAAAAAAUUAAUGAUAUCAUUAAGACCGAACACAGAAGUUCUUUAAAUAGGCCGAGUCGAUUUACAAAUGCACCUCCACCAUUAAUGAGCUUACAUUCAGGAGUUCCAUCUGUGGAAAAAAUUUGUGUUGGUAUUGAAAAUGCACCGCAAGGUUUCGAUUUACGCGGUCGCAUUAUUGGCGCAGGUGGUGCAAAUUUAUUAUACAUUAGAGGUGAAACAGGUGCUACAGUUACAUUAAGAGGACGUGGUUCUCAAUUUGUUGAUCCAGCCUUAGGAUCUGAAUCUCCAGAACCCCUUCAUUUAUGUAUAGAACAUCCAAAUCACGUUGCGUUACAAAACGCAAAGCAAUUAGCUAUUAAUUUAAUUCAAACUAUGCAGUCAGAAUUACAGUCGUAUAUUCAACAACAACCUCCACCAGUUCAAUCCCAACAAGUGAUACAACAACCUUCUAUUCAGCAAAUACAACAAGCCCAAUUUCAAACUAUGAAUCUAGGUACAUUAGGUCAGCCAAAUGUUGUAACAAUUCAUCAAGAUAUGAUACAACAUCCUCAAAGUAGCGUAGUUAGCCUGCCAGCUACUAUACUUACAGCCACGGUCGCCGGCGCACCAGGACCAGGACCAGGACCACUUCCUCCGUCUGGUGUUCAUGUACCAGCUCCUGCAGGCCCACUGCCACCUUCAGAUCAGCCACAAGAAAUACAAACUUUUGUCCCACCACCAACGGUCGGCCAAGUUCAAUUAAUUGGACCACCACCAGGAAUGAAUCAAGUUCAAUAUCAGAUACAUCCUGGUCAGCCACUACAGAUUCAAGGAAUGCCACCGCCUGGAUCACAAAAUUCCCCUCAACCAAUGACCCAAAUGUACGUAAUGAGUCAGCCACCGCCACAAAAUUUCAUGAGCAGUAGUGCAUCCAUCAAUGGUGCUGUCUCUUAUGUGUAUUCUCAACCAAGGCCAACUACCCCAUCCCAGAAUAUCAUCGAAACUGUCAAUGUCAAUUUGCAACAGCCACCGCCUUCUGGCCCAAUGAAUAUGAAUCAACAACCGCCACCACCCCCUCCAUCGUUGUUACAUCUACACUUCCCACCCCCGUUUCCGCCAAAUCAACCACCGCCACCCAUUUCGCAAACGUAUCAGAUCCAGUACCAACCAGUGCAGACGACCGUGGCUCAGGGUCAAGCGCAGUUUGUUAUUCAACACGGUGAACACGGCGCACCGCCUCAGCAACUCCAGCAGAACCACGAACCGCCGCCUCAGGGAAUGGCGCCCCCACCGCCGCCGCCACCCCCACAGCACAUGGCCCCGCAGUUCGAGGGUCAGCCACCCCCGCCGCAAAUGCAAAUGCAUGCACCACCGCCUGUAUCGCAAGGCUACAUGGUGCCGACGUCUCAAGCCAUGUCGGAGCACAAUCAGCAACCACCUCUGCCACCUGGAAGCGAGAUGCAGCAUCCUCAGGAAGGUCCAGUCGAUCAAGGAAUGCCACCUCAGCCAGUUCCUCCACCUCAAAUGGUUCCUCCGCCAUCUGUCAAUCAAAUUCAACAUUCCAUGAAUAUAAUAACGAGUGUUCCACCACCAUCUCAUCCACCGCCACAAGCAGCUCCAUGGCUCUAUCAAGGCCAACCAUUGCCACAACCACCACAAGGUCAAAUGCAGGUGCAGAUGCCUCCUACUAGUGUGCCACAUCAUGGUGUACCGCCACCAGAAAUGCAGCCGCAGCUACAAUAUCACGCACAACAAGUACAUUAUCAAAAUGGCCAAAUGCAAUCACAAAUGCAUUUCGCUGUUCAACCGCCACAACCGCAUUUUGAUCAAAACUCCGAUAUACCAGACCAUCACAAGGGACAAGGAGUAAAGAGAAGAUUUUCAGACGUUGAAGGAACACCGGAACCUCUAAUACAUCAACUAAAUAGGCCGUUGACACAACGUCAUGGUACUGGCAGAGAAGGUGAGCAACAGCAGCACAUGAUGCACGGACCACCAGGAGCUGGUUCGAGUCUUCCACUGGGCGAUCGCGGCGGCGGCGGCGGCAAGCAGCUGCUAAUGCCACCUCCGUAUCCAGAUGAAAGACGCAAUAUGGAUCAACCAUUUACCGGUCAUAAUCCAGGAUGCGAGCAGCCGAUGAACGGCGAGCACGGACGGAAUGUCGGCCCACCCCCGGGCUCCCAUCCUUUAGGACUACCCCCCCAGACACCUUGGCAGGCUCACUUCGCCCGCUUCCCCCCAAAUAGACCGCCGCCAAUGCCUCGCGACAACGAGCAGCAUCACAUGUCUUAUCACGGGGCGCCGCCGCCUCCAAUCAAUCUACCUCCGCCACAGUUGAGACUUGUUCAGGGGUCCGAUGGGAGUCGAUCACCUAGUCAAGGUGCGUUACCAGAGCAUCCGGUGAGCGCCGGCCACGAGUUCAAUCACUUUCCACCUUACACGGGCAUGAAGCCACCCGUGCCACCCCCUACAGCGUUACCGCUUGUUCAAUCGAUUUGCAAUCCCCCGCCGCCACCCCCGUCGCCGCCCACUUACACUCAAUCGCGGCAACAGCAACAACAACAGCAACAGCAGCAACAGCAGCAGCAGCAACAUCACCAUCAUCACCACCACCACCACCAUCAUCCUCGAGGUCCACCUAUACAGCGCUACCAUCAUCAUCAACAACAUCAGGUGCCGGUUUCGCAGAGUCUGCAGUCGCCGGUCACUUCUGCGCCUCCUUGGAUGAACUAACUUAAUUAGCAUUACGACAGAGGUCAAACGAACUAAGACAAAGAGCCAGACAUGGGCGCACG